GGAUCGAGGAUCUUGUCCUGGCAGACAUCAGUUCCCCCAGCCGGACUCAGACGGGAGACAGUAGCAGCAUCUCAUCCUUCAGCUACCGUGAAAUCAUGAAGGAAGGAUCCGUGGCUGGCAGUAACAAGUCCACCACAGGAAGCCCACAGUCACAGUCGCAACCUCCACGGCCAGCCGACCUUUCAGACGAGGAGAUCUCAGAACUCUUCCAGCGGCUGGCUGAAGUUCAGCAGGAGAAGUGGCUCUUGGAGGAGAAGGUGAAGCACCUUGAAGUCAGUAGUGCCUCCAUGGCUGAGGACCUAUGCCGGAAGAGUGCCGUUAUUGAGACCUAUGUGAUGGACAGCCGCAUUG